GCAGUUUGCGCCCUGCGCGCCUCGGCUUUUUUCCGCCCGGCUCUUCCAGAGGCCCGGCGACUUCCUGGGCUGGGAAGCCAACCGAGGUUCGGGGGCAGCAGCGAGGGCUCGGGGCGAGUAAGGCGGAUGGUCCCUGCUGAGGCCCAAAGGGGGCGAACUCGCGAGAGUCUCGGGCGACCUGGGCCAAUCUCAAACUGGAGCUCAACUUUUAGAAGAGAGACGCCCCAGCAAGCCUCUUUCGGGGAGUCCUAUAGCUCCUCACCUCCAUGGGCGAGACAGCCCUGGCGGGGGGCAGCAGCAGCACCCCCACCCCACAGGCCCUGUACCCUGACGUCUCCUGUCCCGAGGGCUUGGAAGAGCUGCUGUCUGCACCCCCUCCUGACCGGGGGGCCCAACGACACCACGGUUGGAACCCCAUAGACUGUUCAGAGAACAGCGGGGUCAAGGAAGGAGGGUUGUACUUUGAGCGGCGGCCCCUGGCCCAGAGCACUGAUGGUGUCCGGGGUAAGAGGGGCUAUUCAAGAGGCCUGCACGCCUGGGAGAUCAGCUGGCCCCUAGAGCAGAGGGGCCCGUAUGCCGUGGUGGGCGUGGCCACGGCCCGCGCCCCGCUGCAGACUAAGCACCACGCGGCGCUGCUGGGCAGCAACAGCGAGUCGUGGGGCUGGGACAUCGGGCGGGGGAAGCUGUACCAUCAGAGCAAGGGGCCCGGAGCGCCCCAGUAUCCAGCGGUAACUCAGGGUGAGCAGCUGGAGGUGCCAGAGAGGCUGCUGGUGGUUCUGGACAUGGAGGAGGGAACUCUGGGCUACGCUAUUGGGAGCACCUACCUGGGGACAGCCUUCUGGGGACUGAAGGGCAGGACCCUCUAUCCGGCAGUAAGCGCUGUCUGGGGCCAGUGCCAGGUCCGCAUCCGCUACCUGGGCGAAAGGAGAGCGGAGCCACACUCUCUUCUGCACCUGAGCCGCCUGUGUGCGCUACACCUGGGGGAUACCCGGCUCGGCCAGGUAUCUGCCCUGCCCUUGCCCCCUGCCAUGAAGUGCUCUACCAGUGAAGUGCUCUACCUGCUCUACCAGUGAGCCCUGUGAUACCACAGACUGUGCUGAGGCCUUGCCACCACCCCUCCCCUUGGAGAGGUGGGGAGGCACUGCUAGCCUAGACCAGCUAUUGAAAGCUGGUGAGGCUGGGCCCCUACCCCAACCCAAGCUCUGAGGAAAUCAACAGCCCCAGAGCCGCUCAGAGGAAGAGAGGGAGCCGGCAUUCAAGCCUAUGACAGUUUGCUACGCAAAACGUUUUUUUCUAGUAAAAAUAUUAAG